UUAGGAACCGAGACACCGCUCCUGUCUCAGGCAAUGUGUGGUGUCAGUGGGGGGAGGAUAUGCUGCCCCUGUCACCUGGCCACACCUCCGGGAUCACUCAACAGCUUCACCUCCUCGCUGCUGAUUGGCCACCGGAACUGUUGCUCAGGAGAGGCACACAGGCGGCCAAUCACCGGCGAGGAGGUGGAGCUUGGAGAGGAGGAGCCGAGCGGCAGCACGCGUAGAUCAAAGAAGAUCGAGGGAGCUGCAGGAGCGAGUGAAGAGAGAGGCCAGAGAAGGAAGACAGCUGACAGGUAAAUGGGAGAGCGAGCCCAGGCUGGAGCAGGAGUAAGCAAGGUAAGUAUCAU